CACUGUACCGUGAUAACGUAGAGAGGUAGGGAAGGAGUAGCAGCAAAGAUGGCGUGUCACUCCGAGCACCAAAAUUAUCGGGUCCGGACAACAUUGUGCUGGAGUUGAUGAUUACGCUGUUUUUACAGAAUCGAGCUCCCCCUGAAGUGUGGCCCACUCGAGAGGAAAAUAAACGAAUGGAUGAAUGGAGGCUCUCCCUGUAUUUGUGUCUCUUAGGAGCAACUUUUACGAGCGAUCAUCAUCGCGUCAAGUCUCCGGCUGCACCAGACUAACGCUGCUGUUCGUGCUCAUCUUCAACCUGAGCAGAUGUUCGAGCGCUCUCCGGGUGAUUGGAGGAAACAUCACCGAGGUGCAAGGAGAGACUGUUGUCUUACCAUGCAAACUUAUUGACACCACGGAAACCCUUACUCAGAUUUCAUGGCAAAGGAUGACCAGAGGAAAACCCCAGAAUGACAAUUUCUAUACUAUCACAUCCCAAAAUGGACCACAGUUUGUCAAUGGACGCGAUGAUCGAUUUCAAAUUAUUGGAAACUUUAGUGAUAAAAAUGGAUCUAUCCAGUUAUCGAAUGUCACAUUGCUGGAUGAGGGUGUCUACACGUGCAUCUUCACUUUGUUCCCCAGUGGAAAUCAUGAAACCAAGAUACCUUUAAACCUGCUUGUCCCUCCGGUCACAUCUCUCAGCCAUAAUCAUGCUGUUUUGGGUAAUGAAGAGGUUUCCCUUGCUACCUGCACGGCUGCUGGUUCCAGGCCUCCUGCAGAGGUGAGGUGGCUCACUGGUACUCUGGCAGAAAAAGUGAGAGCAACGGACAGCUCCACCCAACACUCCAACGGUACAACCACCACAGUCAGCUCACUGUUUGGAGUUCCUACAAAAGAAAUCAACCAACAUGUGGUCCAGUGUGUCGUCACCAAUCCAGCCCUGUCGAAAGAGGAAACAAUGUCCUUCACCAUACAGGUCUACUUUUCACCCAUGGGAGUGUACAUUGGAGAAAAAUCUAAAGAUUCAUUUCGGUGUGUGACUGAAGCCAACCCGAGUGCAAAUUUUACCUGGAGAAGACCUGGCCAUUCAUUUCCUCAGCCUGGUGUCAGAGUAGAGGGUGCAACACUGCAGUUUCUGAGCAUGAGCUCUGACCUGAAUGGCCUCUACCAGUGUGAAGCAUCUAACCUGUAUGGAAAGGACAGUGGUUACCUCUAUGUGCAUAUGACUUCAGGAUUCCUCCUGGACACUCCCUAUGGAGGAGCCUGCAGUGCUUGUUGGGCCUUAUUUAGCCUUUUGCUGAUUGCCAUUGUUGCUGCUGCUGCUGUAUGGUACCUUUAUAAAUCUGGGAAACUCACAAGGAUGCCAGGGGGCACACGUGAGGAGAUGCAAAAGGUCCGAAAAACCUCCAGCGGAUCUGAAGAACCUCAAAGAGUAGAAGAAGAAGUAGAAGAAGAAGCUGAUGAAACAGCAGUUGCGGUACAAGAGACACAGAGAUCUCGUUGACAACUGUGAAAGCAACAAGAAUUUGACUGCAAGCAAUUAACACACCUUAUUCCUGGCUCAGCUGAUUACUGAACAGAUGAAACAGUCCAGGUGCUGCAUAUAACUGUAUACUCUCAUCUUUAAACUGGAUGGCUGAUUUUGAAAGGGGAAGUCUGGUGAACUUACUUUCACUGUUACUGCCUCUGCUCGCUUUAUAAACGACACACACCAAUGGCGCUAGACUCAUGUCCAUAUUUACACCAACAGCAUUAACUGCUGAUAAUAGCAGAUGAUCAUGCAGCACGUUUACAUUCACUGAAGAAACCAGGUUAAUUGUAGAAAACAGGUGACAGCAAAACAUUAAAUUGUUUUCAUACAAUGUGGAAAUUACUAAAUCAGAAUAUACAUGCAGCAGGUGGAACGAAACUAAGUGCAUUUACCCAAAUAUUGAACUUAAGUUCUUUUUUUUUUUCUAUUUUUUAUAUUAUACUACUUUAUACUUCUACUUCACUACAUCCUAUAGGGAAAUAUGGAACUUUUUACUCCACUACAUUAAUUUGAAACCUAGUUACUUGUCACUUUUCAGAUUUUACAUAAAGGUUAUAUGAUAAGCUUAUGGAAUACAAUGCAUUGGUAAAUAAUAAAAACAAAAGGCAGUGUGGGUCCCUUGUCAUGUUUCAACUCAUGCUUGUGCAUUAGUUGUUAGGAAAGAGAUUUCUCAGAUAGUUCCACUUAAUUGAGAGUUUGAGGGGUAAUUAUCCAGAAUUCAUUCCCUUUUGUUCUACCCCACUGAUGAUCCCACAAAUCCCCCUCCUCCCUUUUGGAGGAGUCUGACCCUUGAUUACUACUGGACCAAACUAAAGUUGAAAAUUAACCUUGAUUAACCAAAGCAGUAUUAACAAUCUAAUAUUGUUAGAUAUUAUAACACAUCAGUCACAAUGGUCAUUUUUCUGUGAGAUGGGUAUUUUUACAUUUGACAUUACAAGUACAGGUAGCAGAUAAUACUUUUCUACUUCUACUACUAGUAUUAUUUCGCUGUUGUGUUAAGGUCAGAGCACCACUGGUUACUAAAAUGUACAUUUAUGACUGUAAAAGAAAUCAGAUUACAGAAAACUGACUAUAACCUGGUUCUUUCAAUGCAUGUAAACAUACUGAUGGCCAAGACAUUGUUCAUGAGAAAUUUAAACAGAAAACUUAGAAAAUAGAAUGAAAGCCUGGUAAUAUUGUGGUUGUGAAGGCUCAACACUCAGAGAAGCAGUUUAAGAAGUGUAUUUGCCAAUUCAGCAACACGCACCCACAGAAAAUGCACUGUAAAUAAAGAAAACACAAGCAAAAGCAGAAAUUUCAUACAAAUAUA